AUGUCGACAGAAUCGUGGAAAGAAUACUUUAAACUCCAGGAGGCUGCCUCUCCGGGGCCAGAAGUAGCCGAAAGAAGUUUGCGGUCCCAAAGAUGUAGUUAUUGUGGCAAGGACGAUGAUCAAAUGACAUUGUACUGUUGUGCACAAUGCAAAUGUGUAGUUUAUUGUUUAAGAAAUUGCCAGAAAAGACACUGGAAUGAUCAUAGGAACAAUUGUAAAACUCUUCGGGACCUGACAUGGACAUGUCAAAACAAAACACGCAGCAAUAAUAAGACAUUUACCAGUCACCUAACUCCUAGUGAGCAUGCAAAGAUUGCUAAGCUAGUAGGAAGACGGUGCACUGUAAAGUGUUCUCUAAAUGAAUUUGAGGCAACAGUAUUAUGGGAUACGGGUGCACAAGUAUCUAUCGUGUCCAAAGAAAUGAUGGAAAAACACUUUCCUAAAAAUGUUAUAAAGAACAUUUCAGAACUUAUUAAUGGUGAAUUGGAUUUAACAGCAGCUAAUGGUACACGAAUUGCGUAUAGUGGUUGGACUGAGAUAGAAGUUAGAUUGAUUUCAUCAAAAGAAAAGGAUCCAUCGGUUAUGGUUCCUUUCUUAGUAACAAACGACAGUCUAGAAUAUCCCAUUCUUGGAUACAAUGUUAUUGAAGAACUAAUCAAGCCGAUGAAUACAUCUGAUAUUCAGUCAGCACAUAUUGCUACAGUACAAGCUAGUUUUCAAGGUUUUGAUGAGAAAGUGUUACUCGAAUUGGUUAGACUGAUACAGACAGCAAGAGCAAAUGAACUAUGCACGAUUAAGAGCCCAAAGAAAGACUUUGUUAUUCCGGCAAAGAAAACAUUUAAAGUUAACUGUCGAGCGAAUACUGGACCGGUAGAAGAAACUACACUUGUGUUGUUUGAACCGGACGAAUUAACGCCCUGGCCAGACGGUUUAUCGGUGCAUGAAACGGUAACAACA